AUGUCGUUUUUCGCGCUCCUCCUCACAAUUCUCCUGUGCUCAGUGAUCCUAUUGACGAUUCUACACUACACGACAAACGGAAGGAAGUACUGGUUACUACGAAAGGUACCCUACAGAGAGCCCUGUCCCAUCUUCGGAAAUUUCGGAGCGACGCUCACAAUGAGACGCAGUUACACAAGUAUGUUGCAAUAUUUUUACGAGAGUUUUAAACGCGAGAAGUAUGUUGGUGUUUUUCAAGCGCGCCGGCCGACUUUGUUCUUGAUAGACUUGGAUAUCGUGAAAACGGUUCUAUCGAAGGAGUUCCAAUUCUUCAGCGAUCGAAUAUCGGUGUCCACGGAUACAAUUAGAGAGCCGUUGCUCAGGAAUUUAGCCAAUAUGAGUGGAGCUGAAUGGAAGGCGAUGCGGCAUAUAGUCACGCCGACGUUCUCUUCUGCUAAGAUGAAAGCGAUGUUUCCUUUGAUAGCGGAAUGUGCGAACGGUUUCAAGGGAGCUCUAAAAUUCGAGGCACCCGACGAGGUGAACGUGCCCCAGUUAAUGAGCCGUUUCACCACAGACGUGAUAGGCAGUUGCGCUUUCGGCGUGGACCCUGGUUCCAUGAGAGAUCCCCAGUCACCCUUCCUAAUUAUGUCCCAGAAAAUGUUCAAGACAGAUCGCUCCACUAUACUCAAAAGGUACUGUCGAACAUUUUUCCCGAGACUGUUCAAAUUACUGAAUCUCAAGACGUAUCCGGCGGACGUCGAAGUCUUCUUUACGGAUAUUAUAAAUCAGGUGUUGACAACGCGACGCACGACCGGGGUGCAAAGGCACGACUUUUUACAACUCAUGUUGAACGUACAAAAAACCGAGAAGGAAUUCUGCAUGACCGAUGAGUUGAUAACGUCGAACUCUUUUAUUUUUAUGUUGGCGGGAUUGGAAACAUCUGCCACCACGUUAUCUUUUUGCUUGUACGAGCUAGCUAAAGAUUUAGAGUUGCAAGAUAAACUCAGGGCGGAGAUAAAGGAAUGUUUGGGCCGGUAUAACGGAUUGAAUUAUGAGGCGGUCUGCGCAAUGCGUCUGGUGAAUCAAACGGUGCUGGAGACGUUGAGGAUGUAUCCACCGACGCCGCUGACGACCAGGCUAUGUACGGCGCCGUGCACGCUGGAUGGAACCGAUCUAUCUUUUAAGAAGAGAGAUGCUGUUCUCGUACCCAUCCAUUGCAUACAGAGAGACGCCAGAUAUUUUCCCGAUCCGGAUAGAUUUAAUCCGGAGCGCUUCACGGACGAUGCUAAUCCCCAAGCUUUUUUGGCGUUUGGCGAUGGUCCUAGAAGUUGUCCUGGUGCUCGCUUCGGUCAACUCACAGUCGUAGCUGGUCUCGCAGGAAUCCUUAGUAAUUUCAUUGUAGAGCCAUGCUCCAAAACAACAACCUCUAUACAGUAUGACCCGCGCAGCGUCAUGCUGAAAAACAAAGGCGGUAUCUGGCUGCGGUUCAAAGAGAUAUGA